UAACCACAUCCACGCAUGGAACAACGCAUUCUCUCUCUCUCUAAGCGUGCCAUUGAGCUCUCAUUAGCAGCCUCUCUGUGGCAAACCCACAUCGCAUCAGUGCUCUUGUCUCUAAUAUCUCUUUCUCGAUCAGCUUUUGUUGAUUCUCUCUAAGCCGACAUUAAAGAUUUAUUGAUAUCAUUCCUUGUCUUCCUCUUCUCCUUUUUCUGAUUUCCUGCAACUAUAAAACGGCAAACAAUGGCAGAUCGUUUUAGUUACAGUUGCACGAGUAAUCACAGUUCCAACAACCUAUCCUUCUCUUCAACGCUGCUGGAAGAAAUUUAUCAAUCCAUUGAUAGUGGAGGAGACGAGGGAGAAUCAAUGAGGAAGAAGACCACUGGCUUUCUCCUCAAGACCGACGAAGAUAUGGCCAAUUACCAACGCGCUUGCAUGAUCGAGAGGUGGAUGGAGAAGAAGGCCAUUGCCCGCCAAAGAUCCACACCCAAGUUACAGGAGAAGAUGUCAGGGAAAGAUAGGCAGUGUUGGAGCUCCAGUUCAUCCGAUUCCAGCUGCGGCGCCGGUAGUUUCUUCUCCCCUUCCGAAGCCGAAUCCUUCGCGGUUCCUCCGCCUAAGCCGGUUCGAACCGGAAAAUCGGCGUUCGGGAAGGAGAAAAAGGGGACAAACUGCGACGAUUCAGGAAUUAAUCGGCUAGGUUUCAGCGACGGAUCUAGAUCGGAGCGUCAGCAGAAGAGCGAGAGCAGAUUCGUGAAGACUAAGUCGAAAGCGCAGAAAAUCUACGGCAAUUUGAAGAGAGUGAAGCAGCCGAUCUCUCCCUGCGGCAAAGUCGCCGCCUUCUUAAACUCGCUCCUCGCCGCCGGAAACUUGAAGAAAUCGAAGAUCCCCGCCGCAUGCGGCGACGACUCGCCGUCGCUGAAAUCGACCACCACCACCUGCUCCUCGCCGUUCUCGCGCUCCUGCCUAAACAGAAUGACGACACCGUCGUCGGCGAAGUCCGCCGCCGACGCGAAGAGGUCGGUUAAGUUUUUUCCGGCUAGCGACGAAGAUCGCCGGCCAUGCGGCCGCAAAUCGUUGCUCCAAAACAACAACAGCGGUGACGUGGAUUCGAUCAUAGCUGCCAUUGAUGAAGAGCUGGCCAUGCAUGUGAGGAAGAAAGAGCAUUCUUUCGAUAUUUUCAGCAAAAUUCACGAUAAAAAUCGAGAUUUUGAUCGUGAAUUUGAUUAUGAAGACGAUGAAUUUGAUGGAGCGAGCUGCGCGAGUUCGGAUUUGUUUGAAUUGGAGAAUCUAUCGGCUAUUGGAAUGGAAGAACUACCGGUUUAUGAAACUACUCGUCUUGAGAAAAUUAUGCAAAUGGAUUGAAUUUGUAAAAUUGCCCACAAAAAAAGAGUUUGAGGUUUUGUAAGUUAAUUGAUUUGGGAUUUUGAAUAAGAAGAAAUAAAUGUUGAUAUA